AAUGAAAAGGAGGAGACUCUAACGACCAAUGUGUGGAUUCAGAUUCAAUGGAACGAUUAUCGCCUUAUGUGGAACACAUCUGACCAUCACGGCAUCGACACUAUUCGUGUCCCAUGCAACAAUGUUUGGCUUCCUGACAUUGUCCUUGAGAACAACAUUGAUGGAAAGUUUGACGUGGCGUACUACGCCAACGUGCUGCUCUACGACAAUGGUGGUAUUUUCUGGCUGCCGCCCGCCAUCUAUCGCAGCACGUGCUCCAUCGAGAUCACCUACUUCCCAUUUGAUUAUCAAAACUGCACACUAGCAUUCAGAUCCCAGACAUACAGUGCCAAUGAAGUGGUCCUCCACUUGGCUCUUGACGACACCCCCCCAAACGUCAUGAUUGAGUGGGUGGAUAUUGACCCCCAGGCUUUCACAGAGAACGGCGAGUGGGCCAUUGUCCAUCGUCCGGCCAGGAAAAUGAUCUACGAGCGCUACACCCCAGAUGACCUGGAGUAUCAGGAGAUCUUGUUCAAUAUUGUCAUCCAAAGGAAGCCCCUCUUCUAUGUCAUCAACAUCAUCCUGCCCUGCUCCCUCAUCUCCUCUCUGGUAGUGCUGGCCUACUUCCUACCUGCUCAAGCCGGUGGACAGAAGUUGACGGUGGCAAUCUCCGUCCUGCUCGCUCAGACUGUCUUCCUCUUCCUCAUCGCUCAGAAGAUCCCUGAGACCUCUCUAUCUGUGCCUCUCAUUGGCAAGUACCUGAUCUUUGUCAUGUCCGUCACUACGCUCAUCGCCACAAACCAGAUUGUGGUGCUGAACAUCUCGCUGCGCACCCCCAGCACUCACAACAUGCCCCGUUGGAUCAAAAUUCUCUUCCUGAAAUGGUUACCUCGUUUCCUGGGCAUGCCCCCGCUGGUGGACGACAGCGAGGAGGUCGUUGUGAACGGCGUGACGGAGCGGCGCCGCAGCUCCUUCGGCCUCAUGCAGAGAGCAGAGGAAUAUGUGAUGAAACAACCCCGGAGCGAGAUGAUGUUUGACAGACAGAGACAGAAGCAUGGGCUCUCACAAUCAGUUUUGGAUCAUUUGGAUAUCAGCAGCACAGCCAACCUGUACAAGAGUUUGGCGCAGACUGCACCCGAAAUCAAGCAAUGUGUCGACGCCUGCAACUUCAUAGCCGAGAGCACGAGGCAGCAAAAUAACAUCGGAUCUGAAAUAGAAAGCUGGGUGCUGAUUGGAAAGAUGAUCGACAAGGUUUGUUUCUGGGUCGCCAUCUCUCUUUUCAUCCUCGGCACGGUGGCCAUCUUCUUAACAGGACACUUCAACCGUGCUCCUGAAUUUCCUUUUCCUGGUUCGAGCAGAAAAUAUUUACCGAAGACUUGACAACAGUCUCUGUGUUUAGGUUCUAAGAUUAGUCAGGCAGCGAUUUUCAUUCAAACUCACAACUUAGCUGUUCAUCUUAGCGUGCGUUUGUUGGAUGUAUACAUUAAAUGAGUGGAUCAGGGCUCAUUUAAAAGUGAUGUUUUAAAUCAUAAUUAUCAAAUAUUCCUAUUAUGUGGUUUGUUGUACAGUAUGAGUGUUUGGAGUAUUUGAAGGGUAAUCAUGAAGGUGAUUCACCACCAUGCUGAGAAAUGUUAUUUAUCUUGUUGCAAAGGCAUUAUUGCAUUACAUGGAGCCAUACAGCUGUGUGGAACUGGGUUUUAAAAUAACAAUAAACAAGGUUUCUCCAUCCAUCCAUCUCUCAAGGGCGUUAUAAUAUCCAUGUAUUACAUCAUCUGACAAAGUCUGUAUAAGUUUCCCUGCGUGUAGUCUUACUUACGUGGAAAACCUGCACAUGUAACUGGGACAUUGUCUUGAUUCAUUGUGCCAUGUUUUUAAAAUAAAUUCAUUAUUUUGUG